AUGAUGAUUUACACACUACCUUUCCAGGAACAAGUAGAUAUGGCUCUGGCAAAACCAUUUCAAUCAGAGUACAUUGAGGUAAAAGCGCGUACUUCAGUGGAAUCAAAGAAAAGGAAAAAUUCGCUGUAUAUUUAUCCUGGUACACUUUGGUGCGGUAUCGAAGAUAUAGCAGACAACGAAGAUGCCUUGGGAAGACUAGACGACGUAGACUCGUGCUGUAGGAACCAUGACCACUGCGACCGAUCAGUGAGUGCUCACACUACGAAAUUCGGAUACACGAAUGAGAUGUCAACGACAGUGAGCGAUUGUGAGUGUGACACGACGUUUUAUAAUUGCUUGAAGGCCGUGACAAGAAACGAAAAUGAUGCAAAAGUAGUUGGAAGAAUAUAUUUCAACUUUAAAAAGAUGCCAUGUUUGCAAUUCAGUGCUGAUGGGACGGUUCCCACACUUGAACAUUCACCAAAAUUUUAAGCAAAUAGAAUUGUUUCAUUGUCAUAAUUUUGACUAAUAUCACAGUCCUCUUCAAUCAUGGCAUUUUCUCUGCAUGUUCCUUCUUCAGUUAUUUCAAAUACGUCAAAAGCUUCGCCAAUUGCUUACACAUUUGUCCCCUGACAAACCUAUUUCUAUUUGAACAGUUUUCAGGUCAGCUUUGAUUAAAAAUUUGUAGUUAAGAAAGAAGAAAGGGCCAAGAAGUUUUCUAUUCAAGAAAUAGAAGCAAAAGUACAAAACAAAGAAAAUAUCUUGAUGUUUAUUGAGGAACUUAGGAAAGCACAUUUUGUAUGAGGAUUAUAUGAGGGUUUUGUUGAUCAAUUCCAGGCUGUCUUUCAAGAGCAGUGCAAGGCUGCUAAAGCUGUACUCAAAUGUUCGGCAAAUUUGUCUUCACAUUCACUUAAUGAAAAGGGAAAUUUUGAGAUGAAACAAAUAUUUCUCUUAUGUUUCAAACGUCAUUUAUGAGCAACGUCGAAAUACGACAAAAAGAAUUUCACAUCUUUAACCUUCUGUCACUUAUUGAUAAGUGCUGUAAAGGCUCUGGAAAGAGCGUUCUUUUGAUGUUAUGAAGCUGAACUAAGAUACAGGAUCGAUAAAUGUCCCGGAGUCCCGGAGUACGAGCAUGCUACCUCUUAUAGCGAAGAGACAAUCGUGCAGACCUCUGUCUAAAUAUUUAACCAACGACUUGAACAAAAGAAUUUGAAAAAAAGAAGCCUCGAUUUAAAACGGAAAAACAAUGAGUCACCUUUUCC